UCUACUAGUUUCAUCAGUUCUUUACAAUCCUUCAAACCGGACACCUGGAGUUUGAAUCACACUGCCGGAUCAAUGACUAGUCUAGAGAAUCUAUUUGAGAAAUUAUUAAAUACUUUGCCUGAUAUAUCUACCUGCAUUAUUCAAAGAAAUGAUGAAAUUUGGAGUGAAGAGGAAAACUCAAAGUCAAGAUCAGGUAUGUUAGAGGAUACAGGGGGAACGGAUGAUAUUCUACAAAUACAGUUACAAGGAAAUACAGAAAUAGAGUUACCUGUGUACAGCUUAAAGGAAGUGUCAGAGCACUGUGAUAGGGAGGACGCCUGGACUGUUAUAUAUGAUAAGGUUUAUAAUGUCACAGAAUACCUGAUGCAUCAUCCCGGAGGUGAAGAUGUACUACUGGAAUACAUAGGAUACGAUGCAACAAUUGCAUUUCGAGGGGUUGGGCACUCUAGAACUGCAUUCAGGAUCCUAACCAAAUACUGCAUUGGUAUUCUGCCCAAACAUGAACGCUUGAAUCUGAUUGAGCACUGAAGCCGGCUUAUGUACAUAGUAUUGGGCCUUUACUAGUGAUAGUUUUAAAUUAUUAAAAGAAAAUGACAAAAUAAUUGAGAGAGCAAGAGAAUGAUACAGUGAGCACCAGAAAACUCUGGAAUAGGAAGACGACAUUAAAGCAUUACAAAAGUGUACUUGAUGUUGUUGCAAAGAAAAAAAAUUACAGUGACUUAUUAUUAGCGUACACGGCACAAUUUAUGUGUCUCAUGUUUAUUCAACUAUUAAAAGUAAUAAUAAGAGUCUUAAGGUCGUUUUCUUGUUUCCGAUUUUUAUGGUUCUCACCGUAGGAGAUGAGGUUUACCACUUUUCUUUUUAUUAAGCUAAAUAGUCAAACAACAAUAUAAGAAAUGUUUCUGUGUAUUUUCUUAAGACAUUUUCAAAAAUUAAAAGUCAGAUUGUCUGCCUCCAAAACUUAACAAAAUGUAAACCAAAUCAACCAUUGUUAUUUUUGGUGUCAGGUACUUUCCCCAAGGGCGACUUCCCAAGCGGCAACUUUCCUAAGUGUUAACUUCCCAAAUGUGCAAUGUCCCAUGUGGCAACUUUUCAAAAGUUUGGUAAGGUGUUCUGAGGCGCUGUAAGUUGCAAUGGGGGCCGAGCGCUGUGGCUAAGACGGGCUAGGGGGCAUCGUUGCGGCUAGAACAUGCUAGGUAGCCGAGCGCUGCAUUUAAGACACACUUUGGAAGUUGCCGCUCGUGAAAAUUCCUUUAGGAAAGUACCUAAUAUCGUUUUUUAUUAAACAUUGUUACACUUUUCAAUAAUUGACCUGAAUAUUCAUUCUUGAUUCUCA